GUAUUCAGCUCAUUGGAUCCGGAAAGGAGGCAAAGGAAACUAUUACUGCCUUGUGCUCAAUGACACCAUGGGCCUGGAGGAAGGAUAUGGAAGAGGAAUCCACACACACGACAUCAAGCUGGCUAUGAUGGGGCACGUAAAGGAGGGAUACGAGUUCAAUCCUCUGGCUCCACUGUCUAAUGGGGAUUCUGACUACAACUCGUCCCCAUCUCUAAACGACAGAGUCCAUGUUAUGGUUUGUAUUCAUCAUUCAAAUGCACCAGAAAUGAAGUCCUCCAUUUUACUGAAACUGAGGGAAAUCAGAGAAGCUGCCAGUUGUAUGGGUGUUCCUCAACUGGCUGUUCUCACAAACAUUGACGAGGCGUGUAUUGAUACCAAGACAAAUUUAAGAAAUGUCUGCAGGAGCAAAUAUUUAAAGAAAAAAAUUUCUGAAUUCAGUUCAAGCUUUGGGAUUCCAAUAAACUACAUCCUUCCUGUGAAGAACUAUAGUCAUGAAAUCCAGACAUGUUCAGAUGUUGAUACUUUGAUCCUGAGAGCUGUGAGACUGAUGAUUGAUUUGGGACAUGACUUCACAAAGUGCUGA